UGAUUUGUUCUGGAGAGAGAAGUUGCGAGCAGGUACAUGCCUACUAAAUGUAUUCCACCAAGCCUGUUCAAUAUAUUUUCCCCGUCUUUCUUCAUUUCUGCGUUCGAAUGAUGGUUUUUUCUUCCCCUUUUAUUUCGUUCUCUUGAUGCUUGACAAGAAAAGGAUGGUUGGCUGGCUUGAACGGGACAAAGGCGUAUCUCGUAUUGCUAUCGCAUUGUGUCGGGCCGUGUCGUAUCGUGUCGUGUGGGUUGGGGGAUGGGGAUAUAUAGCUUAUUGGGGAAGGGAGAAACCUGCUCUCCGCUCUCUACCUAACCCUCACCUAGCUCACCUAGCUUACCUAGCUUACUGUAGUGAACCUACUUAAACCCCAUUUUACAUG